ACUGACACUUGACGUAUGACAUAACGGGCAUUUUUCUUUUUACAAUUAAUUGAAAAAAUGGCAAGUUUGGGGCAUUGCGAAACGCCUAACUGUUCGAAUUCGGCAAAACUGCAAUGUCCUACUUGCAUAAAAUUAGGAAUACCAGGAUCAUUCUAUUGUUCACAAGAUUGCUUUAAGAGCAAUUGGAAAACGCACAAAAUUAUUCACUCUUUAGCUAAAGGAGAAAAUGUAGACGGUAGUAAAGAAGACACGUAUAACCCAUGGCCGAAUUAUUCCUACACGGGCAAACUCCGGCCCUUCCCUCAAACGCCGAAAAGAUCUGUACCUCCUCAAAUUCUGAGACCUGAUUACGCCGAUCAUCCUCAAGGGUUUCCCCUAAGCGAACAAGCCGUCAAAGGCUCUGGCCUGAUCAAAGUCCUCGACGAUGAAGAAAUCGAAGGAAUGAAGGUGGCAGGCAAGUUGGGCCGGGAAGUGCUCAACGAGGCGGCCCGAGUUUGUGAUGUUGGUGUCACCACAGACGAAAUCGAUAGAGCAGUACACGAAGCAUGUAUAGAAAGAGAUUGCUAUCCAUCUCCACUCAAUUACUACGAAUUUCCCGCUUCUUGUUGUACUUCCGUGAACGAAGUUAUCUGUCACGGGAUACCCGAUACUCGUCCUCUGGAAGAUGGAGAUUUGUGUAAUGUGGACGUAACGAUAUAUCACAGAGGUUUUCAUGGGGAUCUCAAUGAAACGUUUUUCGUUGGCAAUGUCAGUGAGAAGAACAAAAAUUUAGUCAAGGUUACUCACGAAUGUUUGAUGAAAGCUAUCGAGAUUGUUAAACCAGGCGAGAAAUACAGAGAAAUCGGUAAUGUUAUUCAGAAACAUGCUCAAGCACACGGUUAUUCUGUCGUAAGGAGCUAUUGUGGACAUGGUAUACAUAGAUUGUUCCAUACAUCACCAAAUGUACCUCAUUAUGCCAAAAAUAGGGCAGUUGGCGUGAUGAAGCCGGGGCAUUGUUUCACAAUUGAACCGAUGAUUUCCGAAGGGACAUGGAGGGAUGAAAUGUGGCCGGAUAAAUGGACAGCGGUGACAGCAGAUGGUCGAUGGUCAGCUCAGUUUGAACAGACUUUGUUGGUAAACGAAACUGGCUGUGAGAUUUUGACCAGAAGGUUGGAAAAAAACGGACAACCUCACUUUAUGGACAAAAUGUAAUUUUAAAUAAGCCUAUUAUUUCUUUUAACAGCAAGAAGCAAAUUUUGAAAAAAAAAUCAUUCGGAGAGUUAUUUUAACAAAUCGUUUAUUUGAGUAAUGCGGUUGAUUAUGGCUACUAAUUUGUUAAAAAUAUUUCAAAUAAAAUUUUACAAGUAAAAUCGUUAUAGUACACUAUAGAUGAAGGCGAAAUAAAUGUAAAAUAAAUUCCGUAUUGGCUUAAACUAUUUUUUCAAAAUUUUUGUAAUAAUACAUUUCUGCUUAAUUAUGUCCCUGUGCGGUGACUGCUCUGCGGUCGCCUUUCGUAAGCUUCAGGGGACCUUGAUCUGGAUCUGUAGAAUCUGUUUUUUGAAUAUCUCUCAGGCGACUUUGAUGUAGAUUGAUUAGUCCUGCCUCUUCCAGAGGGGCAUUUUCUUUUCUGUUUUUUCAUACUCUUAGCUAUAACUCGCUUUUGGUGAUCCAAUUGUGGAAACAAAUCUAGAAAAAUGAAAUGAUGUCGAUUUUGUUUCAAUAAAAUGAACAACUUCGUUACCUUGCGAUAUUUCUAAAGCAUUUUUAGCAGCAUUCAUUUCAGCUUGUUGAAUACUAUGGCCCAUAGCGCUGGCUAACCUUCUACCUCUAAAGUAUACAGCAACUGUGUACACUCUCGUGUUAGUGGGUCCUUUACAUUCUAUUACUCUGCAAAUAAUUGUAAAUAUACGUUAUAUGUAUAUUAUUUAAAAUUUUUUAAAACUUACUUAUAAACCGGUAUAUCGGGUUCUCCUCCAUCCAUAGUGCGUAAAGUUAAACAACAUUGCUGCAAUUUCGAUUUGGGAUCAUUCCAAUCUUGGUUCAUAAUGAAGUCUUGUAAACGAGGAAAUAACGUUACUUGGCAAAAUACUUCACAAAAUUCCAUUCCCUAUUAAAAUAUUAAACAAGAUUAAAGAUAUUAGCAAGAAACUAAUAAUUAUAUUAAAUACCUGAUCAACAUACAAAGCUCCUAUAAAAGCUUCCAACAAAUCCGCUCUAUCUUUAGUCUUCAACUCUGCUUUAGGAUUGUUAUAAAUUGCAUAUUUCGACAUAUCUAAAUCAUCGCAAACGACAGCCUGUGUCCUGUUAUUCACCAAAGAACUUCUCAACAACUAAAAAAUAAAUAAUUAACGCCUUUCAUCGCAACGUACCAAAAAAACCGAAGUACCGAUAAAUGACCCUCGUGGUGCUCGGGGAAAUAUUUGUACAAGUAAUCGGAAGCGAUCAACUGCAGCACAGUGUCCCCCAAAAACUCCAACCUCUGGUUCGACCCCAUCGUCAGGUUCGUAUACCCCACGCUCCUGUCGGUGAAGGCCCUCGCCAAGAGCCGAAUGUGCUUGAAUUCCACGCUCAACGAUUGCUCGAACUUCACCAAAUUCUGCAAAAUGUCGAAUUUUUCGAUCCACUGCCGAUCGCCCAGCGGCUCCUGCUCUUGCAGCGGAUGCGGCGGCAGGCUCACCCACACCUCGUGCAGCUCCGGGUUGCUGUGGAAGAACGUCGCCGAAAAAAUCUUAUCAGCCACCUAAAAUGAUAAGUAUUUUGCAUUGUUUC